AGUGCCCGGAGACCAGAAGAGGAAGCUGGACCCUCUGGAGCCAGGUGAUACCUGUGAGCUGCCUGUCCUGGUGCUGAGAACUGAACUCCUGAUUUCUGUAAGAGCAGCGUGUGUUCUUGGCUGCUGAGCCGUCUUUCCAACCCCAACAUUUUAAAAAUUAGCUUACCGAUGAGUGGAUUUUUCGGAAGGCUUUUCAUACAUUCAUAGUUGUGACUGAGCGAGCUCCCCCCCCCCAAUUCCCUGCUCUCACCUCCACCUAAACCUUUCACCCCUGGCCUUCCAGUCUACUCUAAUGCCACCUGUGUCCUGGCCGUCCCCUCCCCCUUCAAAGUCUUUCCCCCUCAUGAGACUCCUAGUUUCCCGACCUCUACAGAUGCUGCAGAUUAACGCAAGUCCAGUGCAGCUGAAGCGAGGCCGCAUCUCCGAGGAAGCAGGUAUAGCACCUGGGAGCCAGAGGAGCACAUCUUGGACCCUCGCCUUGUCAUGGCCUACGAGGAGAAGGAGGAGAGAGACCGAGCCUCAGGGUAUAGGAAGAGAGGUCCGAAACCCAGGCGGCUUCUGCUGCAGGUGCGCAAAGCCCACAAGUACCUGCGGCUCUCACGCAUGAAGUUCCCGCCACGCGGGCCCCACCUGGAGAGUCACAGCCAUCGACGGGAGCUCUCCCUGCAGGAGUCAGCAGCCCCAGAUGUCGUGCAGACCCCGGGAGAAUGGGAGCCUAUGGAGCAGGCCCCUGAGGAGGAGGCAGAAGCAGACCUGACCAAUGGGCCGCCUCCCUGGACACCCAUGCUCCCCUCAAGUGAGGUUACCGUGACUGACAUCACCGCCAACUCCGUCACCGUCACCUUCCGCGAGGCUCAAGCCGCCGAGGGCUUCUUCCGAGACCGCAGCGAGAAGCUGUGAAUAGCGGCUUCCCCUCUUAAAACUGCUUCUUGGGGCUUGGGUGAGGAUUUCCAGAGACAGGAGGGGCUGGGAGCAGGGUAAAUAUUUUUAUUUUUUAAAAAUGCACCCAGCACCCGCCCUUGCUACCCGACGGUUGUUUACAAAGAGAUGGGGGAAGGCCAGUGUUGUCUGGGUCUCAUCUCUUGGGCAGAUGGGGACAGGCUACCCUGCCCAGUACGCCUCUGUCAUUAUCUUUCAGAGGCUGAUCCGUGGAGUCGGAGGAGCCCAGGAGGUCCAGACCUUGCCUCAGGCAGUCACCCCAGCUUUCUGGUGGUGUCCUUCCCUGUCCCUUGCCCUGGGUCGUCUUUACUAUGAACUUUCCACUCCAGCCUUGUGGUGGGACACAGAGGCUGGCCUCGGCCACCAGGGACAGGAUCAGGACAACGGGCACAGGCUGGACCAGGGAAGAGGCUGCCCACCAAGCCUCCUCGGAGUGUGCUGUCUCCCUGCCAUUGGGAGAUGUGUAGAGAUGCCCAUGAACACAUCUGGCCACCCCAACGUGCACACCUUUAGAAAACUGACCAGUUGAACGCGACGCCAUUCACAGCACAAACGAACUUGCCACGGCACCCUUGCUCCGCCUUGCACGUAGGUCACGUGACAGGAUCUGUCGGCUGUAAUCUCCUAGCCUCCAAUAGGACCAGGCUUUGGUGUGCAAGGUGCAGAUGCUUGCACACAGGCUCACAGACACCUGGCCCACCCUUCCUCCCGCAGGAGUUCACAUUCUUUCUGACUCAGGUGACUUUCCAGCCCCGCCCCCGAUUUCUCUGCCCUCUCCUGCCAAUCAGCCGAUCUGGGCACCCAGAUCUGGGCACCCAUGGGUGCCGGUGGUGUGUGGGCAGUCAGGGAGGGAGUGUCCCACCACUUUCUCAGGGCAGUCCUUGUCUUCUGUGUCCCCGUCCCCACCCAACCUGAAUGACAUGGCUAAGGAUGGAUGACCCCUCCCACCUUGUGGGGGUUGAACUUGAAUCAGGUUGCACACAAGUAUGUUGUCCUGAUUUUGGGGGGGGGUGCAGUUUGCUGGUUUGCACAGGCGCCCUAAGGGUGACAGAUUCCUACCUGAGGACAGUCCCCUCCCUUGUCGAGAGCACAUUGCUCACACACCCCCUGCUACCAUACGAACCUAUGUGGCUGGGUCCUAGCAGCUACCAAUCCUGCUGUGUCUUUAGGAGGCCAGCAGAGUCAGUAUGAACAAGGGCAGGAUGACUUCUAAACACUACCCUGCCCCGUGUCUGUCUGCGACUCUAUCCUCUUCCUUCUCUAGUCCCUGGUCUCCCCCUCCUUUAGUCUUAAUGGUCCAGGGUUAACUCAGUGCUUCCGUUGGGGGCCGUCUUCUGUGGGUGACCUGAAUCUAGAGGAAGUCUGGGUGGGCCAGGGAGAGGAGAGACAGGAACCUUAGCCAAUGGGCUGAAGGAACCUGGAGGCGGGGAGACGUUUGGUGUUCUUGAAGCCCCAGCUCCCGGAGAGAAGGUGAGGGUGGGUGGCUGGAGCUUCUCUUUGCUGCUGCGUUUGAUGGCCCACCAUAUUGGGGGACAGAAUCCCAUCGGUGUCAUGCUCCCCAUCCCUAGGGGCAUGGGACUAAAUGCCUGUACAGUUUGAAUUUUGAUUAUGAGACCCCAGGGGGGGCUUUCCAAGCAGCUGCCUUCUGUCUUUUGCAGUAGGCGGUGACCUUUUAUCUCACGGGGCCCUUUAUGAAACCCACCAGUCCCUGGAGAUUGUGGCCUAGGUUGGAUAUCCCUCAGGGUAGCCUUGUAGUUCUGAACUGCUGGGAACUGGCCGCCUAGGGAGAAUGGCAGAAGGCUUCGAGUGGCUUUACACAGGCUUCUUCUAGCCUGAAGCUACCCAAGUGGACAGUAACACGCCCCCUCUCCACCCACACACACUAACCCCAUACAGGGCCAGUACUCCAUGAGCCAGCAGUGGCGACCACCUGCCUAUCUCUUAACCCCUCCCCCUGCCCAUUUGAAUGUAGAGGUUGGGUUGAACUUCCCCUCCCUGGGUUGGGGUGAAGACAUGCCUCAACCUCUGGUGUGGACACUUGUGCAGUGCCACAGUUGAGCCAAUUUGGCCUACGUGGUUCUCAUCUGGUAAGAUGGUGAUCUUAUUGCCAAGUUCCUUCCACCUCCUGCCUACCGAGGAAAGAGCUCGGUGUCAGUGAGGUGGUAUCGAUUUUGCUUUAUAAAUGGCGGGCCAGACCUGGCUGCCAGGUCUUGGCACAAGACCGCUUCCUUUGCACACAGAAUGAGCUACGAGCUUUGUUCAGACGACCUGAAUGUAUUGGGAGGAAUUGGGCAUAGGCCUUCCCCCGGGGGUGUGGGGGAGUGCGAUGGGAAGAGUGAGCAGGUGUAGGCUGCAGUUUUAUUUUUGUACUGAUAUUGGUAAAAGACUGUAUAGCAUCUAUUUAUUUAGAUGAUUUAUCUGAUAGAUGAGGCAAAAAUUAUUAAAAAAAAAUACAUUAAAAUGUCUUUAGAAACUUCUGUGUGUCUGGUUGCUUGUUUUGAUGGUGUGAUAACUGUGUGAUACCCCCACCUCCAGACCGUAGCCCAGGACUCCAGGCCUCCCAACUAUAGUCCAUGGUA